GCCCGGAAUUGGCGGCGCACAUGUGGCGCACAUAUUUCCUGGGGAAAGGAAGGUGACGAAAGGGGGGAGAAGGGGCGCAAAGGAGGAACGGGGACGAGAAGGGGGCUGAGAGGGUUGGGGGUGUUGCCAAGCCCCCCCCCGGCACAUAAAAGGGGCGCGGGGCGAGCGGAGCGCUCCACAUCUUCCCUUCAGACGUCCCGGAUCUUGGAUUUUGCCGCUUGCGCUCCCUGAUGGAUUUGCCGCGGGUCUUCUUGCUCAUCGGCACCUGCGCCCUCCUGCCAGGCGCACGCGUGUGCUUCAACCUCAACUCCAAGCGAGUGGAAAUCUUCCGAGGCUCUGAGGAAAACCACUUUGGCUACUCGCUACAACAGCACGACGCGCAAGGACGGCGAUGGCUCCUGGUGGGCGCCCCCCUGGCCCGGACCGGCGACCUGCAGACCGGCGAUGUCUUCAGGUGUCCCGUGGACCGCGCCAACUCCUUCGCCAACUCGAGCGCCGCCUGCAGCCGCCUGCACCUGGGAAACGUGUCCGUGGACCGCGUGCCGGCGCAGCGCAACGACGGCAUGAGGCUGGGAAUGACGCUCACCGUGGAUCACAGAGACGGGAGCUUCGUGACGUGCGGUCCGCGCUGGUCCCACGAGUGCGGCAGCUCCGUGUACACGUCGGGAAUGUGCGCCCGCGUGGGCGCCCGCUUCCAAACGGUGGAGGCCGUCACGCCCGCCUUCCAGCGGUGCGAGACCUUCGUGGACCUGGUGAUGGUGGUGGACGGCUCCAACUCCAUCUACCCGUGGGCCGACGUCAGGGACUUCCUCAUCAACAUCCUGAACAAGGUCAACAUCGGUCCGGGUCAGACGCAGGUGGGCGUGGUGCAAUACGGCUCCAAGGUGGUCCACGAGUUCCGUCUGGGCGAGCACCGGACGGUGGAGGAAGUCCUGGCGGCCGUGGGUGAAAUCACACAGCGAGGAGGCGAGGAGACCCGGACGGCCUUGGCCAUCAACGUGGCCAGAUCGCAGGCGUUCGAGCGCGGCGGUCGUCCCGGCGCUCACAAGGUUUUGGUGGUCAUCACGGACGGAGAGUCCCACGACAAUCCUCAGCUGGGCGACGCCGUCCGCCGGUGCAAAAGCGACAACAUCACCAUGUACGCCAUCGCGGUCCUGGGCUACUACAACCGGCGCGGCAUCAACCCGGAGGCCUUCCUCAAGGAGAUCCGCUUCAUCGCCAGCGACCCGGAUGAGGACCACUUCUUCAACGUGACGGACGAGGCGGCGCUGAAGGACAUCGUGGACGCGUUGGGGGAGAGGAUCUUUACCUUGGAAGGAAGCGGCGGGCUGGGGCGAGGCUUCGGCCUACAGAUGGCGCAGGCGGGAUUCUCCUCGCACCUCCUGCAGGACGGCCUUCUGGUGGGCGUCGUGGGCGCGUACGACUGGAACGGCGCCGUGCUGAAGCAGAGUCCGCGCGGGAACCAGCUGCUCGGCCACACCGCCUACGGCGACCAGUUUCCCGAGGAGCUCCGGAACCACGCCGCCUACCUCGGGUACUCGCUGGGGUCGCUGGUCCUGACGGGCGCCCCGCAGGACGAGAUUCUGGUGGCCGGAGCGCCCCGCUUCAACCACAGCGGGAAGGUCGUGGCCUUCACGCUGGAUCGCCACGGAAACGUCGACGUCCUGCAGGCGCUCCUGGGAGAGCAGAUGGGGUCGUACUACGGCAGCGUGUUGAUGUCGAUGGACGUCGACGGCGAUUCGCGGAGUGACCUCCUCCUGGUGGCAGCGCCCAUGUACUGCAGCCAAGAGAAACACGAGACUGGCAAAGUUUACAUCUACACACUCAACACACGCACAAAGGCUCCACUGGCGCCGCAGGGGGCGCUGUUCCCGUCGCCCGCUCACAACUCGCGCUUCGGCUCGGCCCUGGCGCAGAUUCCCGACGUGAACGCGGACGGGUUCAACGAUUUGGCGGUGGGGGCGCCGCUCGAAGAUGACCACCGGGGGGCGCUGUACCUGUACCACGGUCUCCAAGGGAGCAUUCACACGCGCCACACGCAGCGUCUGAGCGCCGUCGGCCUCGACUUGGGACUCAAGUACUUCGGCCAAAGUCUCGCCGCCGCCAAAGAAGGCGACGGACUGGCAAACGUCGCCGUCGGAGCGCUCGGCGCCGCCGUCAUCGUGCGGUGUCGCCGGGUGGUGCGACUGGAGUCCACGCUGAGUUUCGAGCCCGCCAAGGUCAACGUGUUCCGCAAGGAUUGCCAGAGAGGCGGACGAGCGGUCGCUUGCAUGGUCGCCGUGGUGUGCCUGCGCGCGUAUGCCGCCGUCGGAGACGUGAGCGACGGCGCCCGCAGCCUGGCGGUUCAGUACCAGCUGAAUUUAGACGAAAAGCGGUUUCCUCAUCGAGCCGUCCUGGACGACCGCGAGCAACUUCAGACCAACGCCGUGACGCUGACGACAGGAAGUCCGCAAUGCCGACGUCACAGAUUCACAGUGCAGGACACAAUGGACUACGGCCACCCCAUCAUGGUGGGGCUAGAGGCGGGGCUACGGAGCUCAGAGGACGGGCCGAUGCUGGACCCCGACUGGCCCACGACGCUGAAGGCCGAGCUUCCAUUUUGGAACGGAUGCGAGCAGGAGGACGCUUGCGUGCCCGACCUGGUCAUCAACACUCACAGCGACCUCGUCAGCGUCCAGCAAUUGUGCAGCUCCCCAGAGGAGGCGCGGCGGUCAGUGUGCCGGCGGCGGGCGGCGUCGCAGGCAGGGGGUGCGUUCGUGGUGGAGACCAGGCGGAAGAGGGUGGUCUUCUUCGCCCGCCUAGAGAACCGCGGUGAGAACGCCUACGGGACCUCCGUCCUCAUCUCCAACUCGCGCAACCUGAUCUUCGCUAGCCUCGUCGUCAAGGACCAAUCGGACGUCCGGAUGGACUGCUUCUCCGAGGAGGCCAAUCAGAGGCGGUGUAACAUCAGCGCUCCGUUCAUGAAGGCCUCGUCUCAGGUGUUUUUCCGAGUGGAGUUUGAGUUGAGUUCUUUGGUCUUUCUGGACCGUCUUUGGCUCACCAUGACGGCCAACAGCCAAGGCGAAGACGCCUCCCCCGACGACAACAACGCUGAGAUCGCGCUCGCCCUCAAGUACCGAACGGACGUCGUCUUCACCACAGACCGAAGCCCCGCCCGCUUUGUCAUCCAAUCCGAGUCUGCGUCCGCGGGAGCUCAAGACGACGCCUUCCCGUCUUUCAACGUGUCCUUCUAUCUGGAGAACCUGUCGUGGUUCCCCAUCGUGGGCGUGACCUUCAGGGCCGACCUCUGGGCGGUCAGCCCCCGCGGCAACCCUCUGCUGAGCCUCACGCACUGCGGCCCGGACCGGGACCGUUCCUCGGGUCCCGCCCGGCCGUCAGUCGCCCGUCUCGCGCCCUCCCUCGCCUCCGCCUCCUGCGUCCUGACGCGACUCGCAGAGGCCGAACAGGCGACGCCGGAGGACCUGACGCACCUGACGCAGAUGAACGCCAGCAACAGCGCCGGCCUGUCAGCCGUCUGCAAACUUUCCCUUCCGCCGUCCGAUCGCGUCAAGUUGACGCUGAGAGGAAGACUCCGGAGACCGGUCCUACAGAAGGUGGUCUUCACGACUCUGCGGAUUUCGCUCAGCGCCGACAUCCACUUGGACCCUUCGGGUCCGUUCUUCCUGGAGGAGGAGCAUCCGGUCAGACAGACGUUCGUGGAGCUGAGGAAGGAGCGCAAGUCCGCCGACAUCUUGCUGAUCGUCAUUCUGGGAAGUUCGGCUGCAGGAUUCCUCGCACUCGCCGUUAUCGUGCUGGCGCUGUGGAGGAUGGGCUUCUUCUCCAGGAAGAGGCGGAGUCUGGCACUGGAGGAGCCAGCAGCAGCCAACGGGAAGCCAGCGCAACUUUUGUGACAACGCGGCGGGCGGACGGAGGCAGCGGCGUGCGAUGACGUCAUCGACGAACUUUCCAUUCUUUGCUUAAAGGAGGCGCAGCAUGACGGGACAUCCAGGCCACGCCCUCCAGUGACUUCCACAAAGAUGGCCGCCGGCAGCGCUCGCCCGAGGCCCCCUGGUGGCCGACCAAAGCGUCGCCAAAAUGCGAAACCGCCAUCGGCUGUCUCAGUUUUGGCUCAAUGUCAAAAGUGAAGAGAAGGUCGCUUCCGUGUUUCCAAAAGAAUGCACAUUUAAAAUAUGACUUCCAAAGGGACGUUAUAAAAAAAAACA